CCCAUGACAAAUAGAAUAUUUUUCUUGACAGUUUAUGUUGGCGCAGGUAUGAAAAUUUUAGUUGGCGAGCAUGGCAAACUCACAAAAAUAAUUUGCCAUGAAAAAAGUUUGAUAUUAGGGUCCAAUUAUAAUAUGAGGCCGAGUAGGCAGAGGCCCAGAACCGAACACCUACCGACCAUUCCCUCAUCAAACAACCAAUUAGUACACCUACGUACCUGGUUUUACUCACACAAAAACAAGCUACGUACCCGUUGGGUGAACACGUCAACUCUAGGACAGAAAAGAAACACGCGAAGCCGCGUGGCCACGCCACCGCCUGCAUCACGAGCUUGCUCGCUUGUUCUCCCUCGCGGCCGCGGCCACGAAUGAUAUGGACUCCUCCAGCGCAACAAACUGCCAUGUCAAAAUCAUCCUCCAUGCUCCGACUUAUAUAAGAAGCCAUGCUCCCAUCCUCCCUCCCCUCACCAACCUUAGCAAGACAGAAACCAAGCAAAGACCAUCAAAGCUGCUGCGGGAACCAAUCGCCCGUCUCUAAUUGGUCAUGGACAAGAUUCUGGUCUUCUUUAUCCUGAGCGCGUCGCCGGCCGAGAACAAUGCCGACGCCCGCGGCAGCUGGGCAAGGCUAUCUUGGCGGGCCAUGCAGCAGGACGAGAAGCGGCCGGAGGCUGAGCAGCACCAGCGGCAGCUUGAAACGGGGAAGUCACAGUCGCAGCUUCCGCCGUCGCAGGAGGAGAUGGGGCGGCCGCGGUUCGCGCCGGAGUUCGACGGGCUUGACUGCUUCGAGACCAUCAUUUGGCGUUAGUGAAUUGCAUUGCUGCAAAACCGGGGUGUGUAAUUCUUGAUUCUUGAAGCGAUUGGUCGCCGGAUGAUCGGUGCGUCUAAUUAGACAUCUGUUUUUAGCCGAGGCAGAAGUUAUACGGACUUCUACAUGUACAUAAGUGCGUGCGACCAAACUCUUCCUUUCUUUUGAUUUGCUUUGAAUCGCACUCAUAUGGAAGCAACAGACCCAAAUCGUCUGGGUAGGCUUUUGUUUCUACACAGUUCAGGAAAUUAUAGAGAUGCUGACAGAAAGCAAAUCCAAAAAACGGACGCGCCCAGUUCCAAAAGAAGUGGGCUGGUUUCUUUCACCCAUAUCGCCUGUUCCGCAUAUAAACUCCAAUCUGGUUGCAUACUGCGCUAUAUUCUUAGUUGUGCC